AAAAAAGAAGAAGAAAAUUGGCUAAAGAAACAAAACACGCACAUACACACAGUGUCUCUCUCCCACAGAACUCCCUUUCUCUGUCUGGGUGUUGCUUUGGCAUUUUUAUCGGCUAAAUCUAGAGCAUCCCAUUUUCCUUUUCUCCUACCAUUUGAAGGGAAAUCUCCUAUAUAACCAGUCUCCUUUCCUUCAUGUUCUUUUAUGCUUUGUGGAAAUAGCGGGUUGCUCUGUAUCAGAUAUUCAGGAAUUUUAUUCCUUGAUUUAUUUUUCACGGGUGUUGAAUCUGGAGACUUUGGCCAAAUCUAGCAAGACCCUUCUAGUCAGUGACAGUCGAGGAGGUUUUAAACGAGGUCUCCGUGGUCCAAUCGUUGUCUUCCGAACAUUUAUUUAAUAAAAUAUAAAUCGCAAGUCUCUCUUAGGGUUUUGUUUAGGUCAUGGCGGGAGAAUCAUCAUGGACCAACCAUUGCCUUGAUGACACACCAAGAGAGAUUGGAGAGUUUGAUUCAUUCUCAGAGCUUGAUGAUGAAAGCAGUAAAGAAACUACUGCAGUUUCUCUUGAGUUGAUCCUGCCUGAUGACCUGCUGGAGCGGAUCCUAGCCUAUCUCCCAAUUGCUAGCAUUUUUAGGGCAGGUUGUGUGUGUAAAAGAUGGCAUGAAAUUGUUAGUUCAAAUAGGUUUUUAUGGAAUUUUUCGCAUGUCCUAUCACAAAAACCAUGGUAUUUUAUGUUUACCAACUCUGGUGAGCCAAUUGGUUAUGCGUAUGAUCCCAUCCUUAGGAAGUGGUAUGGCAUUGAACUACCCGAGAUCAAGGCACCCGAUUGGUCCAUUGCUUCUUCAUGCGGAUUGGUUGGAUUCAUGGAUAAUGAAAGCCGAAGCGAGCUAUUUAUCUGCAACCCUAUUACCAAGCGCUGCAAGAAGCUUGAAGAGCCCCCUGGCUUGAAAUUUUCUGAUUACAGUUCCCUUGCAGUCUCAGUGAACAGGAUAUCACCUGGUUAUCUCAUCACAAUCGUAAAAUCUAAGCAAGUCCCCGGGAAUUUUUUCCAAUGGGAUAUCUCAAUUCAUAUUUAUGAUUCAGAAACAAUUAUGUGGACAACCUCUUUGACAGAGGUUUUAACAGGAUGGAGAGGUGGCGAGGAAAGUGUGAUCUGCAAUGGAAUUUUGUACUUCUUGAUUUAUUCAACAGGGAGUGGUGUACCAGAAAGUCGCCAUGGCUUAGUUGCAUAUAGUCUUUCUAGCCGUGCUUCCCAUGGUUUGUUGAAUAGGAGUUUUAUUCCAGUACCUUGCCCUCUUACAUGUGGCCGACUAAUGAACCUCAAGGGGAAGCUGGUGAUGGUCGGAGGAAUUGGUAAACAAGAUCGAGCAGACAUAAUUAAGGGGAUUGGCAUCUGGGUUCUAAAUGGGAGGGAGUGGCGGGAGAUUGCGCGAAUGCCACAUAAGUUCUUUCAGGGAUUUGGGGAGUUUGAUGAUGUUUUUGCAAGCAGUGGUACAGAUGAUCUCAUAUAUAUCCAGAGCUAUGGAGCUCCAGCACUUCUUACCUUUGAUAUGAACCAGAAGCAGUGGAAAUGGUCACAGAAGUGCCCUGUGACAAAGAGGUUCCCACUUCAGCUCUUUACUGGUUUUUGCUUUGAGCCCAGGCUUGAAAUUGCUCCCUAAUUUGUUUCCAUUCAGAUUAAUGUGGUGGUAUUGAUGAAUGUCUCUCAGAUUCCCGUGGGUUUAUUUUGUUUUCAUUUACCUUCAUAUUCAAUCAUUACGGAAUUUGCAUUUCGAAAGGCUUAUACAAAAUGUAAAUGCAGAUAAAUCUGCUCAUUCAUGAUUACGGGAAUUUCAUUUUUUGCAUUCAGAAAUACCACAAGAGAACAAUACAUGUUUGAGACUCCCUUCUUAUGAUAUUGGUCUAUGUUCUUAUCUA